UCUAUCGACCAAACAGGGCAGUGCCUUACCCCUGCCCCGUGCCCAGCAAAAAGGAUUUUAGUUUUCCCCAUCAAAACGGGAGUGUCGUUGCGGGCAAACCGUUUUAAAUUGUGGCGCAAUCUGUAAUUGGAUAGUCCAACCUUCUCUCUCCAGUAAAUCGCAACGAUUGCGCUGCUCAUCAUCAAAUGGAUUGCGUAAUCUUAAAACAAAGGUAUAUUGAUGCUUGUAAGAGGCAUGGGAUUUUACCUAAUAAAGGCAUUUGUUCAUCACUCUUUAUGGGUAGGAUGAAAAUUUUCCAACAUGACCCAUGUAUUCUCGAGUUUUCCUUGGACCAUCUGAAGGACUGUGAUUUUCUUCCUCUUUUUGAGCUGUUCAUGGACAUUGAUGACUCUCUCAUUCGCGAGGUUGACAUUCAUAAUAAAACCCUAUGUGUUAUGAAUGGAGGUUAUGUACUGGCUCUGUUGCGUGCAUUGAACAAGAAGCUUCGCGCUGUUCAUUUGAAUGAUCUGUCUCUAGAAAAGGGUUUCUUGAGGGAUUUGUCUAAAAGGGGUUUGACCUGCAAAGAGCUAAACCUGAGAUCUUCGCACCUAAGGCAACUGAACGUUACUGGAAGUUUUAUCCAACUACAGACUCUUAAUCUUGAUUUUAAUACUUCAUUGACUAGCCUCCAGGAGAAUUGUUUUUCCUGUAUGCCAAUUUUAAAGCACUUGUCAGUGUGUGCAACAAGGGUUUCUAAUCUUUGGACAACUGCGGCUGCUUUGUCAAAGCUUCCUUCUCUAAUUGAACUUCGUUUUCAGAAUUGCUUGUGCUGUAAUAAUACGGGUCAUUGUCCUAAAUCAUCUGCUCAAAGGGCCCAAGAUAAUAAUUGGAGUGGAUACUAUGUAAGAGCAUCGUCAAGACACAGUCUACUGAUUAAUCAACCUUAUUCACACUCAGAAGAGAUGUUUCUAGAUACAUCUGUGAUUGAAGAUGCAAGUUUAACUGAGAAUGCUCACUGGCCAAGAGAAGAUAUCUCAGAAGAUUAUGAAGUUGAUGCACCGAAUGGCUAUCAAGAGCUUAGUUUUCCUGAAUUUUUGUCCAACGCUCUCAACAACUUCGAUCUUUUGAACAACAAUGUGCCGGUUCAUCCGUGGAUACUUUCAACUGAAGAUGGAGAUUUCUCAGCAAGAAGCUUUUACAGUAGUCAAGCUCAGUCUUUAGAUGACUCUGGGAAAAAGAAGUACUUGACUCAUCAUCCUUCACCAAUUUGCUUUGAGAAACAUUACAGGGAUUACAUCAUAGCUUCACUUCCUCAGUUGCAAGUUUUAGAUAAUUUACCUGUAAAUGACACCGACAAGGAAAGUGCAAAGUUUAGUUUUUCUAAAUGUUUUGAGUACUUACCGUACAGAAGAAGGAAAAAAGAGAGUAUCGUUAGCAUCUUAAACAAGCGUGAAACUAAUAGUAGUGGGACUUAUUUGUGUAAGAAUAAGCGAUCCUCUCUUUAUGUGAAGUCUCCUCAAUAUCAUUGUAGAUCUCUUGGGGCUGCUAAAGUGGGUGCUUCGGCAUGGCCUUUGUUGCAUCCUCUUUCAACUUCGGGUUAUGUUUUUGGAGAUGAAAAUAAAAGUUUCCGUCCUCGUCAAUUCGAGUACAAUCCAUCUGACUCAGGCCUAAUGGCCUUUGGAACUCUUGACGGUGAAGUUGUUGUUGUGAACCAUGAGAAUGCUAAGAUCUUUAGCUACAUACCAUGUUUGGGAGCAAUGAAUAGUGUCCUAGGCCUUUGCUGGCUCAAAAGGUACCCCUCAAAGCUCAUUGCUGGGUCUGAUAAUGGUUCAUUGAGAUUGUAUGAUGUCCAACAUUGGCAAGCAGCAGUCACAGGAAGAAAUUGCAAUGCUAGUGGCUUUGCGUUUGAUGACUUUGAUCAACUUACUUCUGUUCAUGUAAACGCAACUGAUGAAUUAUUUAUUGCCAGUGGAUAUUCAAAGAAUGUAGCCUUGUACGACAUCAACACUGGAAAACGCUUGAAUAUGUUCAGUGAUAUGCAUCAACAGCAUAUUAAUGUUGUCAAGUUUUCUAACCAUUCUCCAUCUGUGUUUGCUACUUCGUCAUUUGAUCAAGAUGUCAAAAUGUGGGAUCUAAGGCAAGGACCAUUUCAGCCUUGCUUUAAAGCGACAAGCAGCCACGGAAAUGUGAUGGUCUGCUUUUCGCCAGAUGAUCUUUAUCUUCUUGUAUCAGCUGUUGACAACGAGGUUAAGCAGCUUUCAGCAAUAGAUGGAAGGCUCCUGUUAGAUUUUGAGAUAUCUUCAACAGGAAGUUCUCAGAAUUACACUCGUUCAUAUUACAUGAAUGGAAGGGACUAUAUUAUUAGUGGGAGCUGUGAUGAGAACAUAGUUCGUAUUUGCUGCGCUCAAACAGGUCGAAGACUCCGUGAUAUAUCUUUGGAGGGUAGGGGAUCAGGCGCUUCCAUGUUUGUGCAGUCCUUGAGAGGUGAUCCUUUUAGAGAUUUUAAUAUGAGCAUUUUAGCAGCUUAUAUGCGUCCAAGCUCGAAGUCUGAAAUCAUCAAGGUGAACUUGUUGGCAUCAAAUGACAGCAGCUCUGACCCCUCAGAAGAUGAGACUUAUCUUCCAUCCUUUGGUAUGGGAGGCUGAUAUAUGGCACAUACUAUUUGUAGUAGUACUUCAUUGUGAUUUUUAACAUUAAGAUUAUAAUAGUUAAAUCAUGACCAAUCUCGGUAAAUAUUGAAGUUAUUAAAGUUCGUAAUAAUAUAAUGUCUUCAUA